AUGAUAGUAUUACCGGAUAAUAAAAAGGAAGAUUUAAUUUAUACAAAAUGUUACUGUGAAGAAAAUAUUUAUCAUUUGUGUAAAAAAUUUCUUCUAGAUGAAAAAAAUGAAGAUUAUAAGGAAGGAAUUUAUGUGUGUUUUAUUUCUAAUGAAGAUAAAGUUGUGCCAUUAUUUAGACAAAGCUCAUCUGAAUUAGAAAAUGGAUUGGUUUUAUGGGAUUAUCAUGUAAUAUUAAUAUUAAAAGAGAAACAAAAGAAAUUUAGAUUAAUUCCUGGAGAAACAUUUGUUAAAGUAUUUGCAUCAGAUAGAUCUCAUAUGAUUGAUAAAGAUGGAAUGUGGAAUUCACCACCUCCAAAUUAUCCUCCAAUAUCAAAUCAAGAAUUUACAAUGAAUCUUGAUUUAUUUAUUUCCAUGACUGAAAAUUUAAAUUCUGAUAAAUUUGGCAAACAUUCUCAUCACCCUAUUUCUUUAUUUGAAUUAAAACAAAAAUUUAAUCAAAUCGAUAAUCUUCAUAAUCUUAUUCAAGAACUUGUCAAUGAAAAUAUCUUAUCAGAGAAAAAGUUACAAAUUAAAGAUAAAGAUGAUACUUUAACUUUAUAUAUUGAUAAAAACAGUGAUUAUAAUUUAAAGAGAAAGAUUUCUCAAGAAUCAUCAACAGAAGAAAUCAACGAUCCAAAGAUUAUCAUUCAAAAAGCAAUUAACACCAAGAUUCAAUCACUUCAAGAACAGUUUGAAUCAUUGAAAUCUGAAGAAGUCAAAUUAAAAGAAAAUUUACUUGGAGACUUUGAUAUUGAAAAGUCAUUAAAAGAUCAUAAUCAUCAACUACACAACUAUAAUGAAAUUAAAGAUAUUGGUCAAAUGUUAUUUGGAAAAAAGGGACAACAACAAAAGAAAUGUACAAGAAAUUUGGACUCAACUUAG